AUGGCGCCUCUGGGUGCUCUUACCGUCAACCUUGUUGCCCCAAUUGGGUGUCCGUCAAAGUGCGUUGGUGACUUGGUUUUGGGGGCAACGACUCUGUCGGCUCCGUACAGGGUGACAAGCUCCGCUCCCGCCGCGCUCCGCGCCCCUCCGACGCGUCUCCCCCUGCAACGCUAUUCGCGACCCCCCGCCACGUCAUGUUCCGCCGGAGGAACUGCGCGCGGUGCCGCGGCAGGCGCUAGCCGGAGCGCCGGUGCCGGGAGCACCGCCAGCAGCGCGGGUGACACGCACCGCAGCCGCAGCAGCAGCAGCAGCAGCGGCAGCAGUGGCGGCAGCAGCAGCAGCAGCAGCGGCAGCGGCAGCGGCUCGUCGUCGUCGGUGCCGUCGCCGUUCGCGUUCGUGGGGUUGGACUAUUACCAGAUUCUCGGCGUGCCCGUCGGCGCGCCCCCCGCCGACAUCCGCCGCGCGUACCGCGCGCUGCAGAAGAAGUACCACCCCGACAUCGCGGGCGCUCAGGCGCACGAGAUGGCGCUGAAGCUGAACGAGGCGUACGACACGCUGAUGGACGACACGCGCCGCGCGUCGUACGAGAAGGAGUGGCGCGACGCGGCCGUGGCGGGGUACGUGGGGUUCACGGGGCAGCCGCGCAGCGCGUGGGCGGCGCCCGAGGGACAGCAGCAGGCGAUCUUCGUCGACGAGGCUGCUUGCAUCGGCUGUCGCGAGUGUGUGUUCGCCGCCAGUCGCACGUUCCUCUUUGACGCCGAGGCGGCCGUGGCACGUGUGCACAUGCAGUGGGGCGACGCGCUGCCUGCCGUCCAAUCAGCCAUCGACAGCUGCCCCGUCAGCUGCAUCCACACAGUGCCACGUGGCGACCUGCCCAUCCUCGAGUUCCUCGUGCAGCCGCGGGAGAGGGAGAGCAAGGGCAUCUUUGGCGGCGGCUGGGAGCCCGGGCACCCUAUCAAUAUUUUCACUGCUGCCCGCGAGUUCAAGCGCAAGCUAGAGAGCCAGCGGGAGGGCGCGGAGCGCAGACGGGCAGCCACGUCAGCAGCAGAGCAGGAGACGCCAGCUCAGCGUGCCGCACGUCAGGAGGCGGACGCGAGGAUGAACGGGCUGGGCGGCGGGUUUUGGCAGAAGUGGGCGCAGGCAUGGGGGGCGUGGGGGGGGGCAGGGGGGGAGUCAGGCGCGGAUGGGGGGGAGGGGAAUUCUCAGUGGACCAGGGCGAAUGCAGCUAGCAGCACCGCUGGCGGCAGCAGUGAGGGUAACAGGGAGAGUAGCCGUGAAGCAUCUUCAGAGAUUCUCAGACAGCCGGCAGGCGAGGGCGUCAAGGAGGAGCUCGUAGCAUUCAUCCAGCAGUGGGCUACCCUUUGGUCUUUUUCCUCCGAGCUGCCCCUUCCUCUGCCCGUGCGCGUGGACAACCAAUCGGACGGCACCGAGCUGACGCUGAUCACCAUGCGCGGCGAUCUCCUCACGUCCGUCGGAUCGUUCGUCAUCACUGUGGAGCCGUUAGAUGCCGAUGCUCGUGGUAAAACUAUUAGUGACGGUGGUGAUGGUGGUGACAGUGGUGAUGGUGGGGAGUUUGGGGAGUGGGUGGUGGUGGUGAGGAGAAAGGGGGCCAUUGACAAUAAGGCUCUACCCGGCGAGUUUACGAUAGUGAAAGCACUGAGAGGAGCACUGGAGAGGCAUGAUAGCAUGAAGGGGUAUGAGGCAUACCAUCUCCCCAGAAGCACCAGGCCCAUGCAGUAG